UUGUCUGUAGUGAAUGGACAUAAUGAUGACAAAGGAUCUGAAUUUCAGCUACAAACCUCCUUUGAUGAAAUUAUACCAUUGACACACAAGGGAACGUAUAUCCUGGAUGUCUUGACAUACAGGAUUUUAAUAUUCCAAAAUGGAGAAAAAGAAAAUAUGCCCACGUCUUCUUGACUACUUGGUGGUUGUUGGAGCAAGGCAACCAAGUAGUGACAGUGUGGCCCAGACUCCACAGCUUCUCCGACGCUACCCCCUGGAGGAUCACCACGACUUCCCGCUCCCGCCGGAUGUGGUGUUCUUCUGCCAACCAGAGGGCUGCCUGAGCAUCCGCCAGCGCCGGGUCAGCCUGCGUGAUGACUCUUCGUUUGUUUUCACGCUGACCGACAAGGACUCUGGAAUCACCCGCUACGGAAUCUGCGUCAACUUCUAUCGAUCUUUUCAGCGUGGGCAUCACCGCCCUCGCGACAAGAGUAGCCAUACAGAGACUGCAGCGCAGGCAGUGGAGAGCACUAAUGAAACGUCUGAUGGAAGCAGUGGAGGCCAUGUUGCUGCGCCAUCCGCACCUGACAACUCCAAGUCUGAAGCCCCGUCUUCAUCUGGAGAAGAAAGUGGGCAACCAGGUCCUGAGCAAACCUCUGGCAAGUCUCCACAGCACAAACGCAGAGCUGCCAAGAUGGCUGCCAGGAACCGCAACAGUACGCUGACCUCGCUGUGCAUACUCAGCCACUACCCCUUCUUUACCACUUUUAGAGAAUGUUUAUAUAUUCUCAAGAGGCUGGUGGACUGCUGCAGUCAGAGGCUAACCCAACGAGCGGGACUCUCUCGUGCCACCCAAAGGGACACCAUGUGGCGGGUGUUUACCGGAGCGCUCUCGGUGGAAGAGAAGGGCAGUCAGCUGCUGGUCGACCUACGGGACAUAGAGUCCUGGGUGUACCGGCUGCUGCGCUCCCCGGUGCCACUGGCAGGUCAGAGGCGCGUGGAUGUGGAGGUGCUGCCCCAGGAACUGAAACGGCCACUCACCUUCGCCUUGCCUGACAACUCUCGUUUCUCCUUGGUUGAUUUCCCGCUGCACCUGCCCUUGGAGCUGCUGGGUGUUGACGCCUGUCUUCAGGUCCUCAGCUGUGUCCUGUUGGAGCACAAGGUCAUUCUUCAAUCGCGUGAUUACAAUGCUUUGUCCAUGAGUGUCAUGGCCUUUGUUGCUAUGAUCUACCCCCUGGAGUACAUGUUCCCUGUCAUCCCGUUGCUCCCUACAUGUAUGGCUUCUGCUGAGCAGCUUCUUCUCGCUCCCACUCCCUACAUUAUCGGUGUUCCAGCCAGCUUCUUCCUCUACAAAUCGGAUUUCAAAAUGCCAGACGAUGUUUGGCUUGUUGACCUCGACAGCAGUAAGGUUAUAGCACCCACCAAUGCAGAGAAUCUGCCCCCUCUGCCAGAGCCUGAAGCAGGCGAACUAAAGAAGCAUCUAAAACAGUGUCUGGUUAGAUUGACCGUGAUCACCCAAAAGCAGAUCUUCUCCUCUGAAAAUAAGGCAUUGGCCAGCAUGAGUUUGAACACACAACCUAUUCUGAACCUGGAGAAGUUCCAGGAAGGCCAGGAGAUGACCCUGCUCCCUCCAGGACGAGACAAGGCUUCGCCAUCCUCCACCGAGUUCAACCCUCUGAUAUACGGCAAUGACGUUGAUUCCGUUGAUGUGGCCACCAGGGUUGCCAUGGUGCGAUUCUUCAACUCUCCCAAUGUCCUCCAGGGCUUCCAAAUGCACACGCGUACUUUGCGGCUCUUUCCGCGACCAGUGGUCGCUUUUCAGUCUACGUCGUUUCUUGCGUCUCGCCCACGCCGCUCCUGCUUCGCCGAUAAACUGUCCCACACCCAGGCGGUGGAAUUCUAUGGAGAGUGGGCACUCAAUCCCACUAACGUUGCUUUUCAGAGGAUACACAACAACGUAUAUGAUCCAUCUUUAAUUGGAGACAAGUCAAAAUGGUACGCACAUCAGCUACAGCCCGUGGUCUACAGAGUCUAUGAUGGAAGCUCCCUGCUGGUGGAAGCUAUGGCUGGUCCAUUGGAAGAUGAAGGCAAUGAGUCUGAUCCUACAGACAGUGGUAGUGACAGUGAUGGAUAUGAUGACUCCAGCUCUUCCUAUUCUUCACUUGGGGACUUAGUGAGCGAGAUGAUUCAAGGCGACAUCCAGGGGGAUACACCAAGUUUGGAUCCUCCAACUCAUGCUGCACUAGGCGAUGCCAGCGAGGUUGAGUUUCAAGACUUGCAUGAUUUAAAGGAUAGCCAUAGUGUGGAUGGUCCUUCUAGUGGGGAAGGAGCUGCUGAACAGUCAGACGGACAGCCUCUUCGUUCAAGCUCCAGCACAACUGCAAGCUCAAGCCCUAGCACAAUCAUCCAAGGAGUCAACCAUGAACAAGCUGAAGCACCUGAGAUUGAAGCAUCAGCAAGCGCCGCUUUGCAGAACCCAGUCCCUGGAAUCGGCAGUCAGCCGUUUCUCAGACCAGCUGCAGAUUCUGGUCUGGUGGAUUCUGUCAACAAAAAGCAAGAGUAUGACAACCCAUACUUUGAGCCUCAGUAUGGCUUCCCCACUGAGGAAGACGCGGAAGAAGAGCAAGUGGAAUCUUACACUCCUCGGUUCAACCAGAACCUCAAUGGCAACAAGGCUCAGCGGCCUUUACGUCCCAGCAGCCUGAGGCUCCCAGGAGAGUCUGAUGGAGAAGGAGACUCACGUAACAGCUCCCCCAAUUCCACCAUCUCCAACAGCAGCAAUGAUGGAUUUGGUGGACUUAUGUCUUUUGCCAGUAAUCUUUACAAGAACCACGGCACCAGCUUCAGCCUGUCCAAUCUGGCUCUUCCCAACAAAGCAGCCCGGGAGAAAUCAACACCUUUUCCCAGCCUGAAAGAAUAUUUUAAUUUUGAUGUUGAGGAGGAAAUGGAGCAAGCAGAUUCCCCUGACAGUCCGGUAUUUGGGCUAAAUUCUCUAAUGGAGAUAAUUACAGAGGCCGGCCCGGGGAGCGGAGAAGGGGCGCGUGCACCCCGAGCACUUGUGGACCAAAAGUCUUCAGUGAUCAAACACAGCCCAACUGUGAAGAGAGAAUCUCCCUCACCGCAGGGUCGGGUCAACAACACAAGUGAGAACCAGCAGUUUUUAAAGGAAGUGGUGCAGAGUGUUCUGGAAGGACAGGGCGUCGGCUGGCUUAACAUGAAAAAGGUUCGCCGACUGCUGGAGAACGAGCAGCUCCGCGUCUUUGUGCUGAGUAAGCUGAACAGAGCCGUCCAGUCGGAGGAAGACGCCAGACAGGAGAUCAUACGUGAUGUGGAGGUGAACAGAAAAGUUUACAAAGGCAUGCUGGACAUCCUGAAGUGCACGGUUUCCAGUCUGGAGCAUUCUUAUACCAAUGCUGGUCUUGGAGGAAUGGCUAGUGUCUUCAGCCUGCUGGAAAUAGCACGCACACAUUAUCAAACCAAAGACCCGGAAAAGCGCAAGCGAAGUCCCACAGACAGUGCUGGCAGCCCGGGGAGUAAAGAGAGUCCUUCUGGUCGUAUGGAGACAGCCAGACCUCAGGGCCUCCUGAAUAUCCCCCAGCUGCAGCUGCCUCACCACACCACGGGCAAAGGAGCCCGCCAUUUUGAUACCCGAAGUCUGAACGAGGAGAACUUUAUUGCCUCGAUUGAAUUGUGGAGCAAGCACCAGGAUAAGCAAAAAGCUAUGGAAAAACAACAGAGGGCUGAAGGGGCAAAGCAGCAGCGGCCGCAGGUGACUGACGCAGAGGAGAAGAAAUCACAGAUCAGUGCUGAUAGUGGACUCAGUGUCGCAUCUGGUUCUCAGAAGAGCGACACGGAGUCUGUAACCAGUUCAGAGCCGCCGAUCCUCACGAGGAGCACCAGCCAGGACUCGGAGGCCAGCACAGUGAUUAGCAAUAGCUCUGGUGAGACCCUUGGAGCCGACAGUGACCUGAGCAGCACAGCAGGAGAUGGUCUUGGAGGGAGAGCUGCUCCUCAUUUGAAUCAGUCCAGAGGAACUCUGUCUGACAGUGAGAUUGAAACCAAUCCAGCCACAAGCUCAGUCUUCGGAAAAACUCACACUCUUAAACCAGGUGCAAAAGAUCAUUUACCUGCAAUGGUCAAAGGGCCUCCAGUUCAGCCAAUGGAGGACAUCAGUAUGAGGAUUUAUCUGUUUGAAGGUUUGCUGGGGCGGGAUAAGAGCUCCGUUUGGGAUCAGCUAGAGGAUGCGGCCAUGGAAACCUUUUCUCUAAGUAAGGAGCGCUCCACCCUUUGGGAUCAAGUGCAGUUCUGGGAGGACGCCUUCUUAGAUGCUGUGAUGUUGGAGCGCGAAGGAAUGGGGAUGGACCAGGGACCUCAGGAAAUGAUUGAAAGAUACUUGUCACUUGGAGAGCAUGAUCGCAAGCGUCUGGAGGACGAUGAGGACAGACUCUUGGCCACCCUUCUGCACAACAUGAUUGCUUACAUGCUAAUGCUGAAAGUGAACAAAAAUGACAUCAGGAAGAAAGUGAGACGUUUGAUGGGCAAAUCUCACAUCGGACUCGCAUACAGCCAAGAGAUCAACGAAAUACUGGACAAACUGGCCCAUAUGAAUGGUCGUGAGCUGUCCAUCAGGCCCAGUGGAAGUCGUCACAUCAAGAAACAAACAUUUGUUGUUCAUGCUGGCACUGAUACAACGGGAGACAUCUUCUUUAUGGAGGUUUGUGAUGACUGCAUAGUCCUGCGCAGCAACGUCGGUACGGUUUACGAGCGCUGGUGGUACGAGAAGCUCAUCAACAUGACGUACUGCCCCAAGACCAAGGUGUUGUGUCUGUGGAGACGUAAUGGCCAAGAGACGCAGCUCAACAAGUUCUAUACCAAAAAGUGUCGCGAGCUCUACUACUGUGUCAAAGACAGCAUGGAGAGAGCCGCAGCAAGACAGCAAAGCAUUAAACCAGGCCCAGAGCUUGGCGGCGAAUUCCCCGUCCAGGACAUGAAAACCGGUGAAGGUGGACUGCUUCAGGUUACGCUAGAAGGAAUCAACCUGAAGUUCAUGCACAGCCAGGAGCGGAAGGUUUUCAUAGAGCUGAGUCACAUUAAAAAGUGCAAUACAGUGAAGGGAGUCUUUGUCCUGGAGGAAUUUGUUCCUGAAACUAAAGAAGUGGUGAUCCACAAGUACAAGACCCCCAUGGCACAUCAGAUCUGUUACUCUGUCCUCUGCCUCUUCUCCUACGUGGCGGCUGUGAAGGGGAAGGAAGCGGAAGGAAAACCCAAGCUGCUCUCACCAAGACCCCUUCCCAGCUAGUCGACUCCUCCUGCUCCCCUGCCCCCUCCCAACCUCCUUCCUCAUCCUCAGUGUGCCUCUCUACUUGAACUUCAUCUCUCUUUAACCAGACAAUCCCCAAAUUUAAACCUAAGCACACAAUCCCUGCUCCCCCUCCCUCCUCCUGUGUAAAUAUGAGCCUGUGAUCCUUUUUAGAUCCAGUUGUGUAGACAUGUUUGGUCCUUGAUGUCGUGUAAAUAACUCCAAACAUUCUCCGUCGUUGUCCUGAUGUUCCGAACCCAACUAGUUCCACAUUUGCUUGCUCCUUGGCAUCAGAGAAGCAAUUCGUCAGCUCUGUGUGAAGGCCUCGGCGACGCCAGGUCUGAGCCACAGGCUGCAUGCAGGUCCUGUGCAGCAGCAGCAGCAGCAGCUCAUCAUCUCCUGCUCGCCUCCAUACAGCUCUGUGUUAUUCUGUGACGUGUGAUUACUGUAAAGUCCCAGUUUGUCCAAGUUGAAACUGGUGAAGCAUCCGGGAGACCCUGUUAGAGUGCAGUGACAAAGCAGCUGCAUCCUGCACUAGAGCACCGCAUGUAAACUCUUCUUAAUGGUGUUUGGUCCUAAAAUACUUUCGGUGUUCUCAGAUGUGUUCUCUUGCCCACCAGGCUGAAUAACUGUUCUAGUUCUGCUGUAAAACUUCUCGUCUGUGCUCCUCUGGUAUUAACUGCAUGUUACUAUAAGGAUGAAAAUAAAUAUUAUAUAUAUAUUUCUAUAUAUAGUAUUUAUUUAAUAUAUGCAUUUAGACUGUACAUUUUUCUGGAAAAAAAAAAGUUACAAAAUGUUGAUUUGCUUGAUGUGCAAUACUUAAGUAGUUAGCCAUUGCCAGAGUCGGGUUCUCUUGGCUCCCACAGGGUGAAGAAUGUAAGAUGUUUUUUUUGUUUUUUUUUUCUAUUGUGUGUUUACUGAAUAUACAGUGUGAUAUGACUGGUCAAAGUGUCCUCCAUGGUUAAUUAUCGGUCAGUCACAAGACAGAAAACUGAACAUUUCAAGGUGGUUUAUCAUUAAAGUUAGAUUCACUUCCAACUUCAACCGGUAGACAGAACAUCCUCUGCAAGCAGCAACAUUAGUCUGCGUGUAACAUAAGACAGCCAGCUCUAUCUGCAUUAUUUGAAGGUUAACAUUUUUCAGAGCAAAAAUUAGCUUCUUAAGUUUUGAUUUGAUGGACAGAUUUAUGGAUUCACUUAUGAAAAGCAGCAUUUGAGAAGUGCAGCAGCAGUUUAAUAAAUUAAGCGUAAACAAAGUUGUUUUUUAAAAAGUUUAAUAAGCAGUUUUUACUUCCCCAAUUUUCCAUUUUUAGUUGUUUCUUGCUUCAGUUUGCACAUUUCUCCUGCUUUAACAUAAUCUCAAUUAUGCUUGUACUAAAACAAGUAGACGCAUCACAUUCCUUGGUAGAAAUAGUUUAGAAUCCAACAGAAACUGCAGGAACUACAAGAUUUCCACAAUUUAUACCAAACAUGUCCCCGACUUAUUUUUGCUUAGACUUCUCUCAACCAAAAUGUGUUCAUGGACUGAAAAUGGUGGGACUUCUUACUUUUGAUGCUCUUGGCAGCAGAAAACUUGGGUACGAAACGAAUGUAUGAAUUUAUGAAGGGUUGAAUUGACUUAGCUGUCCAGGCUUUACUUUAUAUCAAUUAGUUUGAAAACCUCCCAAUUUAAAAAGUACAAAUGAUACAAUUUUCUGCUAAACAGAAAGUGAGUUGCUGAAUGUAAAUGUUAAAUUGUGAUGAGCAGCCGACAGAAAACCUGAGGGGGUUUUGGAUCAUGGAAAUCAAAGUCAAAUCCAGAAUCCAAAACUGUAAAGAUGUAAAGAUGGAACAAUGACAGAAAUUCUAAUUUUGUCUCAAAAUGACUUUUGUAAUCGGAUUUCUGUCAUGUGAUCGACCCUUCAGACGUGUUCAAGCCAACAUGUAUAAUCAUGACUGACUCUGAGGAGAUUUUGUCUUUAAGUUCUCUUUGUUCCAUGACGGUGAAAAAUAGGCCCAUUCCACAGUGUGUGUGUGUGUGUGUGUGUGGUCACAUGGUGAACAGUUUCCUGAUCAGCAAUAUAUUGCUACAGUAAUAUCACUGGAAGAGCUUUUAUUUUAAUCCUGACAUGCUUGUAUUUUUAGUAACUUAACUGUGCAAGGUAGAAAUUUCAGGACGUCAUUGAGAAGAUGAUGUUUCAUCUCUACAACUGAUCUGCGAAUUCUGCUUUGGCUACAAAGUUUUUUUUGUUUGUUUUUUUUAAAUCUGGAAUAUUACAAUUCAUCUCUGUUAUUGUUCUCACUGGCUGAGAAAGGGAGGGAAACAGUAAGGAGAUGCCAGGUGUAAGUAUUCCAGUACUUGGAGGU